GAGGUCUGCGCCGUUAAUCCUCCUAAAUCCCGGUCGGUCACCGGGAGGGAGGCGGAGCAAGCUGCGGUUUCCUCCCCCGUUCACCGGCCGCGAGACACACGGAGGGGCUGCUGGCCGACAUGUGUGCGUCAGUGUUCGGUGUGUGAAGCGGAGCGCCCGGAGGAGGAGCAGAUGCGGCCCCUGCCAUGACUGAUCCCAGGAAGGAGAGCCUUCAGGUGGCCUUGGUGUUCCUGUGCGUCGCCCAGCUUACCGCAGGUCUCAGGUGUGUGUGCCCGCUGUGCGCCAACCACACCUGUGACACGGCCGCAGAAGGAGCCUGCUGGAACUCCGUGAUGCUGAUUGACGGGAAGGAGGAGACCGUCAAAUCAUGCCUUUCGCCCUCAGAGAUGAAGGGCCAAGUUUUCUGCUACAGCUCCAGGAAUGUCUCCAAGAGAAGCUGCUGCUUCACUGACUUCUGCAACAACGAGACUCUUCACCUGCAUCCGGAGAGGCCUUUGGAGGAGCUGGGCUGGAGCCGGCUGCAGCUCACCGUUGUGAUCCUGGUGCCCUCCUGCCUGCUGUGCGUCGGGAUCCUGCUGGGCGUGUGCCUCGUGCAGGGACACCACUGUGCCUACGGCCGAACCCGCAAGCAAGACCCCGAGGAGCCUCUGGACGAUCAGAUGCAGAUGUCUCCUGACAAAUCCCUCAAAGAUCUGAUCUACGACAUGAGCACCUCUGGUUCAGGAUCAGGGCUUCCGCUGCUGGUCCAGAGAACUAUUGCACGGACCAUCGUCCUGCAGGAGACUAUUGGAAAAGGUCGAUUUGGUGAAGUGUGGAGGGGGAAGUGGCGAGGAGAGGACGUGGCUGUAAAGAUCUUCUCCUCCAGGGACGAGAGGUCGUGGUUCCGAGAAGCAGAGAUUUAUCAGACCAUUAUGCUGAGGCAUGAGAACAUCCUGGGCUUCAUAGCUGCUGAUAACAAAGAUAACGGCUCCUGGACUCAACUGUGGUUGGUUUCAGAGUACCACGAGCAUGGCUCUCUGUAUGAUUACCUGAACAGGUACACAGUCUCAGUAGAGGGCAUGGUCAUUCUGGCUUUAUCUAUAGCCAGUGGGUUGGCACAUCUCCACAUGGAAAUCAUUGGUACACAGGGUAAAGCUGUUCUUUUCUCUUCAAAUGCAAAUAAUAAACCCAGCAGCAAUAGGAUUAUUAAAGAGAUAGAUAUAAACUUUUACUGCCUUGCAUCUUUAGGAAAGCCUGCAAUCGCUCACAGAGACCUGAAGUCUAAAAACGUCCUGGUGAAGAGGAACGGGACGGCGGUUAUUGCAGAUCUGGGUUUGGCAGUUAAACAUGAUUCCUGCUCGAACACCAUCGACAUCCCGUCCAACCACAGAGUGGGAACCAAGAGGUACAUGGCUCCAGAGAUCCUGGAUGAGUCAAUCAAUACCAACAACUUUGAGUCAUUCAAGAGGGCGGACAUCUAUUCCCUGGGCUUGGUGUUCUGGGAACUAGCCAGAAGAUGCUCGGUGAGAGGACUUCAUGAAGACUUUCAGCAGCCUUAUUAUGACAUGGUGCCUUCAGAUCCGUCCAUAGAGGACAUGAAGAAGGUGGUGUGUGAUCAGAAAUUCAGACCCAACAUUCCCAACCAGUGGCAGAGCUUUGAGGCUCUGCGUGUGAUGGGAAAGCUGAUGAGGGAGUGCUGGUAUGCCAACUCUUCUGCACGACUCACAGCUCUGCGAGUCAAGAAAACUGUGUCUCAGCUGUCUGUCACCAAGGACAGCAAAGACUAGUUUUAUUAGAUAUUCAGGAGACCAGCACCGGCGCUGGCACUGGUGCUGAGUGAAGGACUCUAAAGCUCGGAGCCGGGCACAACCGCAUCCUCAAAAGUUCCUCCCUUGGCUGUAUUUGGUGCCAACUGAACGAAAUGUGUGCAGAAACUUUGCACAAAGACAUGCAGGACUUUUUUUUUCAUUCAAACAGCUAAACCUUUAACAGGAAGUGACAUAAGUCAUGUUAAAUGUGAUCAUAUUUGCUACCUCAGUAUUUAAAGUGCCAAAAGCUUGAAGUUGCACGUUUGUGUGUUUUUGUGCCGUAUGUGUUUUAGCUGCUGGGUAGUUAGCAUGCUAAAUGACAAUCUAGAAAUGACUGAAAUCAUCCAUGGAUUCCUUCUAAUUCUCAACUAUUGCUUUAAAAACCAAAUAUUUAGGACAUUUUUUAAUGUUACAUGGUUGAAUUCAUGCCAAUAAAUCCAAUGUGACUGAAAUUUACCAAGUAAACUAAUGUAAAUUGGGCGUAACAGGCCUUUUUUAACUAUAAAUUUUAAAAAUAUAAUUUAAACAUGAACAUAAAAUAUUUACUCACUACCUGGCAUGAAAAUCUGAAUUGACAUUGUAUUUUCGAUAUCGUUUUUGCAAAGGCUUUCCUUCAUUUAAAGUGACAAUGUGUAUUUUCCCUGGUGAUGGGGGUAGUACUAAAUAACUGCAAGCAAGCUGUACUUCUGUGUUGGAGUAAGACCUUACCAACGGAUGGCCAUUAGGGUCAAAAAUCCCUGGGAGCAAAACCUCCAGGAAAAUGACAAGCACAUAAGACUCCCUCUCAUCACAGGCAACGAGUAAAGAAGUAAACAUGUAAAAUAACAUUUAUGAGUGGCGAAAGUUUUGUAACUGCUUGUUACAAACUAGUAAACACAUUUUGUUCUCACAGGCUCCUGUAGAAGGAAACAUAGCAUCUUAUAUGGCAUCACUCAGAGACUUGAGGGGUGUUUCUCAAUGCCAAGGAACCUUGCUUUGAUGUCUUGGCCCCGCCCCGGUUGCCUAUGGUGAUACGUCAUCAGGAGCCACCAAGACGUGUUCCAAUGUUCACAUUCUACCUAGGCGUGUGUUCUCAGUUUGUUAGUCGUUUAGCUAACUGAGCGAGGAUACACGGGAGGUGUCUUGUAGCCUAGCCUUGGUCAAAAAUUACCCAGAAUACACCACGGUAUUUUCAAAAGUACGGCGAAUCAGAAGCCGGCAGCUACUUCGGGGACAAUUUUCAAGUUUAAAAGUAAGUCAACUAAUUUAAAAUGUUUUUUUUAGAUCCAAAGAAGUUAUCUAUUGUUGGUUAGUUGCUUAGUAGUUGCAGCUUUGGUGGCUAGCGGGUAGUAACUCACUUAUAUUUUUUAUUUAAUAAACAUAUACACAAUUAAAAAAGUAAAAGGCUCGUUAUAUAUUUCUAUUCAAACUAAUACAUAUACAUAUACAUAUUAUAAUAAAUGUAAUGUAAUCUCCCAUGUCACUUGACGUUACGAGACCACCGUGGUCACGUGAUGCAAGUCUGUUCCAUUUAACCGUUUUCUUUGACCAAGGAAGGACAAUGUCCUCGUAAGCAAGGCACCUGGCCUCGCAAGACAUCGGGUGUUUCUCAAUGUCAAGGAGCCUUGCCUUGAUGUCUUGGCCCAGCCCUGGUUGCCUUGGAGAUAUGUCAUCAGGAGCCGCCAAGACGUGUUCCAAUCAGUUCCAAUGUUCAUGUUCUACCGAGGCAUGUGUUCUCCGUUUGUUAGCCGUUUAGCUAGCUGAGCAAGGAUACACAGGAUGUGUCUUGUAGCCUAGUUCAAAAAUUACCCACAAUACACCGUGGUAUUUUCAAAAAGAUGGCGGAUCAGAAGCCGGCAGCUACUUUGGGGAAAUUUUUCAAGUUUAAAGGUAAGUCAGCUAAUUUAAAAUGUUAUUUUUUGCCUCUAAAGAAGUUCUCUAUUGUUGGUUAGUUGGUUACUUGCUUAGUAGUUGCAGCUUCGGUGGCUAGCGGGUAGUAACUCGCUUAUAUUUUUAAUUUAAUAAACAUAUACCACAAUUUAAAACGUAAAAGGCUCGUUAUAUAUUUAUAUUGAAACUAAUACAUAUAAAAUAUAACGAUAUCUCUCGUGUCACGUGAUGUUACGUGACCGGCGUGGAAGCCACGGUCACGUGAUGCAAAGUCUGUUCCGUUUAACUGUUUUCUUUGACCAAGGAAAGACAGUGUCCUUGUAAGCAAGGAGCCUGGCCUUGCAAGACAUCGCCUCGCAAGGCAAGGCACCUUGACAUUGAGAAACACCCAUGGUGUUUCCCGCUGUCAAGGCACCUGGUGCUUACGUACGAGGACACUGUCCUUCCUUGGUCAAAGAAAAUGGUUAAAUGCCAUAGACUUACUUCACGUGACUGCGGCUCCCCUGGUGGUCACGUGAGGUAAAGUUAUAUUUUAUUCAUGAGUUAUAAUAUAAAUGUAUAACAGGCCUUUUACUUCUUAAAUUGUGUAUAUACUGAUUAAAUAAAAUAUGUAAGCAAGUUAGUGCCUGCUAGCCACCAAAGCUGCAACUACUAAACAACCAUUGUUGACUACUUUGGAUCCAAAACACAUUUUAGAUAUCAGCCAGAGAGCUACAUUUAUGGGCCAUUUCCAUCUGUACCGGGUCGGCCCGGGCCGGGUAGCGUAGGUUGUUUACAUAUCUGGGUGGCCUGGUAUUUUUCCGGGCCAACCAAGGCUCAUUCUCAGCCCUCUUCUCGAGGGGGUCUGCUUCAGGCCAACCAGGGCCAACACACCCACUGCUGACAGCAAAUUCACAACUUCCAUUAGAGCAAGCCUCUGAUUGGUGGGUAGAAUCAGCCCAUAUGGAUGUGUGGAAUCAACCGGGCCAGGCUGGGGCCGACCGGGGCUACCCGGCCCGGGCCGACCCGGUACAGAUGGGAAUGGCCCAUUAGUUGACUUACAUUUAAACUGGCAAUUUUCCCCCAAGGUAGCUGCUGCCAGCUCCUUUUGAAAAUACUGUGCUGUAUUCUGGGAAAUCUUUGACCGAGAGAAGGCAACAAGAUCCUUGGUCAGCUAGCUAAAUGGCUAACAAAUGGAGGACAGAUGCCACCACAGCAUAUGAACAAUGGAACACGCCUUGGCGGUUCCUGAUGAAGUAUCUCCUAGGCAACUGGGGUGGAACCAAGACAUCAAGGCGAGGUUCCUUGACAUUGAGAAGCACCCUUAGACCCACUCCCAUGUAUUUUACACCCAGUUUCUAUGGUUAGAUGUUAUGAAGCCGCCAAUUAUUUUUAACAACCAGACAUCAUUUAAUUCUUUUUCAACAAAAUUUUGAUAAAGGUUUCUGGAGAUUAACGGAAAAAACGACUCAUUGUCUCUUUAAAUUAUUUUUUGGGAAAACCAUUGAUAAAAAAAAGUGACGCUUUAUACGAAGUGAAUAUAUAAGUUGAGGCCAUAUAUUUUGAACAUUUUAAAGCUGAUUAAUGAUCAUUUUCUAAUUAUCAAAGUUUGACUUAUUGAAAUUUUUUACAUCACUGUUGGCUCAAAGUUUUCAUUUUUGGAAAUAAAGGGAAAAGCAAAAAAUAAAAAAAUAAAUUCACAAAUCAUGAGUCUUGACUCAGCUAGAGGGAUUUAUAUGGUUUUAAAUAAUAAAAUAUGUAUAUUUCAUAUUGAGAUAAAUUAUUUUGAAAAAAAGAAAGACAAAAACUGUGAAAAAACAUAAAAAAGCAGAUGCAACACAAUCAUGAUAAAGAAGUGGUUGCACAUUUAUAUCAGUAGUGCUACAGUCUGACGGGGCUCUCAUGUAACAGCCAUCAGGAAGGUGCAAAGAUUCACCGUUUGUGCGUUUAAAUGUGCGAGAGUGCCUGGGUGCAUCUAUCUGGUCUGUUUGUAUUUUUUAUUAUGGGCAAAGAUAUUUUUCAUUUGCAAUGUUUGUGAGAUUUAGAAGCUGAGCCCUCCAUUCAAGUUUGGCUCUGCUUCCUGUUUGUGUCAUUUAGUUGCCGUAUACAUUCGCUGCUUUGCGUCACUGCAGACACCUUAUAGUAGUUUCAGUCAUGAGCUUGUUGUGAAUGAGCAGCACUGGCAACCUGAUGCCUGGAAAAUAUCACUUUAUGUGUAAGAUUCUUGUUUUUAUUCUGGUGUAAGGAUUAUUUAAAGAAAUUAUUCCACUGCAGGAAUAAUAAAAUACAGAAAAUGUUCAAAAUGCAUUGAUGCUCCUUGAUUUUGUUCAGCUAAACACAUUUUAAAAAAUGACACCAGCUGUUUAGUUAAGUCUCACUUGUGUCUAUUUUGAGCCAAUUGUGUGUUUUGUGUCAUAUCUGCUUCUUAAAGAAUCAGACAAGAGAAAAAGAUGAUUGGAAAACCUACAUAGAAAAAAAUAAAAACUUGUCAUUCCAAAAAGGAGUGACUGAUGUGCAAUUUCUGACUAGUGUCUUUACGUUUAAAUUCCUGGGUUUUAUUUAUGUGACACUGUUGUGUGUUGUUGGAUUUUUAUACCUCUGUAUUACAUCUGUUUCCUAUCACUGUUGGGUCAAUAAACACUGUUUCUACCUGCUGAC